AUGGCCAACGCAGAAAUCGAAUGUAUCGUCCGUGAUACGAAAGAACUGAUGUUUCAAAUAGGCAGCGGAGACAGGCGACUCGAUGAGAUGAUUCGACGAGUAAACACUGUAAAUGAAAAGAUUGCGUGUAUGCGAGAGUAUCAGAAUAUUAUGAACGCUGUUAAUGCAUAUGCCAUUAACGGAUCACGAAGAACAGUUCUCUUGGAAGAAUUGCAAAGGGAAAACAGGCAGAUUCUAGCCUAUCAUGAAGAAAAUCGAAAUCUUCGAGAAGCUAUCGAUGAAUCGAUGGAAACUCUUGCCAAAGUUAUGGCUCGACACCGUCUUGUUAUGGCUAGAAUGAACAGGUUGUCAAAGCAACCAUCAUUCAAGGAUGUGACUGGCAUAUUUCCUGAUGAUUGCGACAAUACCGCAAGCGACAAGGAGCGGUUCAGAAAACUUGUCACUGAAACAUCAAGCUUCAUGAAAGAAUGCGAAGAUUCUACAUCCGUUGAUCUGCAGAAGUUAUCACAACUGCUACAGGAGAAUCAAGUGCUUCGGUAG